CAGCCAACAUCACAGAAGAGGCACUUAAUUGAGUCAGAACAGGAGCCAGGAUCAAGAAUGGUUCGAGUGCGGAGAUCAGCUUCAGAUAAUGAUUGCCCAAUCUGUAUGGAUCCGGCAAAGUUUGCCGUGGAAACUAAUUGUGGGCAUAUGUACUGCUCAAAAUGCAUUAUCCUGAAUUGGAGAACCAACUUCACAAUGUCACCCAUGAGUUGUCCGUUUUGUAGACAGGAGGUGACCAUACUUUUGCCGUGUUUCUCAGAAGGAGAGACAAAUACGACAGAUCGUGCUGAAGUACAAGAGAAAGAAAGGCAAAUGUCUGACAUUCAGGAGUACAACAGGAUGUAUUCAAAACAUCCCAGAUCACUCUAUGGCCAGCUUCAGGACCUCCCAACAAUCCUGCGGCACAUCUGGGCGGAAUUGUUCACUUGGCGUGGUGUGGAGAUGAUCUCCCGCUUCAGAGUUUUGAUAUGCAUAAUCACAGCCAUCAUUUAUGCCAUCAUGCCCAUUGAUCUCAUCCCUGAAGCCUUUGUUGGCCUCUUGGGGCUCAUAGAUGAUGUAAUUGUCAUAGCUUUUUUGUUAAUACAAGUCAGUGUUGUUUAUCGCACUGUCGUGGCCAAUAGGGAUUGGUAAUAGAUGAUAUUAGCACAAGCUAAAUAUUUCUUGGCCUUGAAUGAGCUUUAAUGUUUAUAUUAAUGUAUAUACAAGGGAUAUUAACAUCAAGGAAGGAAACUUUGUUGUUUGAGUGCCUUUGUUUUUCUCCUUUUCAUUUGUUUUUGUCACUAGGGUAAUUUCCUUAAUGAAAACUGGAAAAUACUUGGUUAUUCAAGGAUCUGUAAGAAAGGAAAAUGUAGAUGAUAGCUUUUUUCACAAAGUUUAUGGUUCAACUUUAAAUAGUUUAAAUUCUAAUGCUACCCAUGAAACAAUUUAUAUUAGAAGCAAGAACUUUGGCAAAGGGAAAGAUUUGGAGCAUGAUAUGAUUAUGUAAGGAAAUAUGGAUACAUACAAGGGGGGCUUUCUAACACACAUGAUAGGACAAUUAUGUGUAGGGAAAUCUUUAGAUGUUGGGGAUCAAACCCAAAAGUAAGUAUAAAAAUACAAAAUACUAGUAGUUUGUAUGCAACUGAGUUAGAAAAUAUUUAUUGUCUUACUUAACCCUGUGGUGAUGAGGCCUGAUUUAUUUGUGAUGUAAUAUUACACUAAAGUUUAGAGUUUGAGGCUAGGCCUAAGCUGUGUACAGCAGGCCCACCUGCUUACACCCAUUUACACGUCAUAGGCUGUUAUGUCAUGACAGCUAUAGCUAUGCCCAUCACCGAGGAGUUAAAAGACAAACCCAAUCUUAGUGUUUAUGAGUAUUAUUGGUAACUUGGAAUUUUAGACAUUAUGUGAAAACUAUUUAAAAUUCUUGCUUCUACUGUAAAUAAUAGAAAAUAAGUAUUUUCCUAUUCAUGUGCUUUAAUAUCUGUAAUGGUGCUAUCACUUACCCUAAUGGGAUUGUUUUUUUUUCUUCUGUACAGUGUCUGAUUUUUUCCUUUGGACAAUUGUAUUUUGUGAUUUGAAGAGAAAUCUUAUGAGUUUAAUGCACAUUUUGCUGAUAACAGUACAUUUGCAAUUGUCACCAAAAAUUUAUAUCUUGGUUUAAAGGUAAAAAAAUGUUAUACACAAUAGUGCCUUUUUGUUCCUGAAAUAAUGCUAAGCAUUUUCAUGCAUGGUUAGGUAAAAGUUUGAUCUCCCCUGCCCUCUCAAGGUUUGUUCUAAGUUUGGUGUGAACUACAGACUGCUUACUUCCUUAGCUUUUAAUAUUUAAACAAAUUUUCCUCACCAGUGCAACAAACUUUUUCCAUUAUUUUUCACAGGAACAGUAAAUGGUUCAGGUCAUAAAAGUUUUCCAGUAAUUAUGUACAUACAAUGGUUGUACUUUCCACUUCACUUCAUAUGGUAUUAUACAUAAUUCUGUUAAAUAAAAAAAAAGCUGUGAUAACUGAGUAAUUGCUUAAAUAUGUAUUCUAUGUAUAUUCAUAUUCAGUAUAGUUUUUACCUUUAGUCAGAGUUAUGGUUAUGCCAGGGAGCAGCACCUGAACAGUGUUUUGCUUCUUGGAAUAUUGCAAUACCUUUACUCUUUGAAAAUAAGAUUUUCUACUACAGUAUACAAUAGGAUUGUAAGUGAAUGAUCACUUUUGUACUGGAUCUGGAGGUAUUGGAGAAAAGUAGCCUCUUUUAUCAAGCUAAUAAAUGUCAACAUUUUCCAAGGAAACUAGGCUUGUUUUGUUGUUUCAUUGAAGCAUUCCUUACAUAAAAGUGUAGUUUUAUUGUUAUAAAAGUAGUAAGUAUCAAAUUAUAGUUGCAAUUUAGAUCAUUUUUAAUUAUUUUGACAAAACUUUAAUAAAAUGCUGGAAUCUUUA